AUGUCGGCCGGAAGGCGUCGCCGCGUGAUGCUGGAAUCUGACGAUGAAGAUGAUGCGGCGGUCAGAGAGCAGGGGUCGGGGGAGGUUUCGGUUACGCCGCAUGUAUUGCCUCCGACGACCGAGCAGGCGCGUCCCAGCAAGUCCCGCCGCAGCAUGAAGAUCAUAGCUGCCGACGAGGACGACGACGAAGGCGGUGAUGCCGACGGCAGCGGCGGUGGAGGAUUGUUCGGAGUUGCAGACGCAGGGGGGGAGAGCGCCGGGGGCGGCGACGAGCAGGAGGACGAUGAGGACGAUGAGGCAGAGCGGAAGCGCCGCCGGCAGCUGGCGGAGAGGUGGUCCAAGCUCGAGGAGGAUUCGGACCACGAGUUGAGCGACGGUGACGGUGGUGACGCGAGCGGUGCUAAACGCUCCUCGCUGGUGCAGCUGCAGUUCCACGAAACCUGGGGCCGAGGCGCUCGUUCGAGGACCGCAAGCAGGCAAGCUAUUAGUCAAGGAGCCCCCGCCGUCAGGAGACGAGGGAAACAGAAAAGCGCUCCAGCGUCGGUGGGGGCGGCGACGUUUGCCAAUGGCGGCGGCAGCAGCCGCAACACCCGGAAGUCGGGGAGACGAAAGUCGGUGGCAAACGCCUCCGGAACCGACGAUGACGAAGAUGAUGCCGAAGCCUCUUCGCGUGCUGAUGGCCACGCAGUGGCUUCUGCGAGCAAGAAGAGACGACUCAGGGGCAAGUCUCAGCCGGAGGAAGAGGAGGAGGAGGAUGGGAGGCCCGCCGGACGCAAGAGGGCGAGACGAAGCAAAGCUUCUGCGAGAACAGAGGCUGCAGCGGCGGUAGAUGGGGAUGGCGAGGAAGAGCAGAAUGACGAGCCGGUCAGGCGGUCUUCAAGGGCGCAGAAGGGCAAGGCGGUUGCCGACAAGGACCCCGGCAGCGGCAAGCGUAGAAAAACGGCGGCAGUCGGGUCAGAACCGGAAUCGCCGGGCCCUUCUUCCUCGGACGAUGAUGAUGAUGAUGACGACAGUGACGAGGAGUUCAGCAUGCAGCCCGCUAGCUCCAAAAAGAGGGGCAAGGAUACAAGAAUAGACGGGCGGACGAUGGGCAGAAGCGGUGAGGAGGUCGUCGACGUCGAAGAAGCGAGUCCUGCCCGGGUGGGUACACGAGGCGCCGGCUCAAAAACCAAGAGCAAGGGCAAGGGCAAGGGCAAGGGCAAGGGCAAGGGGAAGAGCGGUGGCGGUGGCAGCCCGAUCGUCCUUUCCUCGCAGGAGAAGGAGGAGGAGGUGCCCGUGAAAUCGGUUGGCAACGGCAAGAAGAGCACCAAAGAGAAUGCCGGACGGGAGAAAGACAAGAAGGUCGGGGGCAAGGGCGGCGGCAAGGGCAUCAAGGAAGAAGCACCGGCGGCCGCGGCCGGAAGAGCCACACGAACCAGGAGGCGGAGAUCCAUGGUCAACUACCGCGAGAUGCUGCACGGCAACGGGACCAGCGCCUCGGAAGAAGCAGACGGCACCGGUGGCGGUGGCGGCGGAGAGGACGAAAGCGGGUGGGACAACGACGACGACGACGACGACGACGACGACGAGAGUGACGGAGAGUUGGACGGCAAGAAGCCCGGGAAUAAAUGCGCGACGGACGAAGAUAUCGACGAGGACGACAGUUUCGCCGUAACGAUACAAGACGACGAGGACGAGGAGGAGGAGGAGGAGGAGGAGGAGGAGAGCGAAGCGGUUGGUUCGACCGGAUCGGGAGGACGUGCCAAGCGGUCCAGGUCGGAGAAGGGCGGGAGCGGGAGCAAGCGCAUGGGGCGCAAGAGGAACCACCGAUACAACGAGCCCGAAGAUGAGGAUGAAGACAAUUUCAUCGACGAUGAGGACGACGAUGAUGACGAGGGGGAAGACGGGGGCGACGCCUUUUUCUCGCACGCGGCCUUUUUCAACGAGAUGGAGCAGUCGGAGGAUGGAGGCGUUUCUUCGCUCUCUGUGGGAACGAUGACGUUCAAGGAAGCCUUCUUGUUCUACGUGGAAUACAUCGCUAAAGCUACUCAAGGAGACGGGGCCGGCGAAGCAUUCAUGAAGAAGUACGUCGCGCAGCCCCGGAUUCCCGAGCACGCCCGCUACGGGAAGGCGAAGGAGAUGGUCGAGAAAAAGCUGCGCAUCAGCGGCGAGAGCCUCUGCGGUUCUUGGCGGCAAGACUUCCGGGACACCAUCAUGCGGUACCCCCACUACGGCUACCACCACGUCGACGGCGACUUGUGCAGACUGAACGAUCGCUGCAGCGCAUGUAACCGCUCCAACCGGACUAGCGUUAUUGCCUUUCUCUCUGGCUCAGAGUACGACCCGAACAGGGUAUGGGACGGGCUUCGAUGGGACAAGCACCUUCCGGAGCACUGGGAUGACCCCGACGCCGCGGCCGUUGCGAAACAGGAGGCCAAGGCAACGCACUACCUAGGAGACACGUGCAAGCACAAGUCUCACUUGUUCCACAGCUUGACGCACUACAAGCUGUACCUGGUGAGCAAGGUGUCGGCGAAGAUCAGAGGGGACAGUGGGCUGGAGCCGGAGAACUUCCGCGGGGAGGGGGGCCCGCAGACGAGCAAAAAGGAGAAGAAGCGCUGCCUCAACUUCUCCGAGAACGAAUUCGAGUCGCUCUCGGCGCUCCUGCGCAAGGCGGACGACCUGAACGGGGUCAAGUGGGGCGGCCGCGCGGGAGUGCGGGGCGGGCACGGCAAGACCUUCCUCGAGAUGGGAGCGGCCUCCUCUAUUCUGGAUUGGCUGUCGGGCGAGGCGCAGCAGGGGCAAUACGGCGGUCUCGACCUUGGUGAAUUGGAGGGACAGGGGCCGGGGCUGGGAGAAGAUGGAGAGACCGAAGACGAAGAUGAGGAGGAGUUUGAUGUGGGGAGAGGGAGGCGUUGGCGCACGGUCGGCAGCAGCAGCGGGCGAUACGGGUGAAGGCCUGGGCCCUGUCAUGAGGGAGGGAGGGAGGGAGGGACCCACGCUGCUAAAUGUAACAAACACUCUUGGUAUCCAGGGUGUGCAUUCAUGUCUUUGGCAGGGUUGCGGCGUCAGAGUCAGGAUUGGUCACGAGGUUGAUGUGUUCUGUGCCGAAGGCGGGGAAGCCUUCCAUUUUCUUAUCUUUGGCUUCGGCGGAUCGUGGGGGAGGGUUCAGAGAUCGCUGAGGGCUUUCGUUCAAUAGCGCCCUGUUGUAGACGCAAGUACACGGCACCCCCGCUGGAAUUCGUCUCCUGAGCAUGUGGUCAAUUCAGAGAAGAGAUUGUCGUUUGCGCUAGGUGUUUUGGCGACAUUGACCUCGGGGAUACGGACACAUAUAGCCCUAUUUUCAUUGAAUGAUGAUCAUCUCAUCGUUUUUAGUCGGGUCACGAUCGGCAGCUCCCGCAGUGUUACCAAACUGAGCUUCGCGCGAGUUGCAUGCGUGUACAGGUGGGGACAGCAGAGAGACAACUGUCCCAACAAGAGGACAGCGCAAAUAAACGUGGACUCUUCUCCGGAUGCCUCGAGUGCUUCGAGUGGUUGGGCGCUGCUGUCUGCCGGCCACCA